AUGGUGAAGUGCUUUGUUGUAGGUUGUAAGACAGGAGGUGACAAGACAUUAUCAAGUAAUGAUCAUGUCUGUUCCAAACAUUUUAAAGAAGAAUAUAUAAUCAAAACGAAAACCAUUCUCGAUCAAGCCUAUCCAUUAAAGAUUUGGAAGUUGACAGCCCAAGCCGUUCCCACACUUAACCUAUGGAAUAAUGGAGAGCAAGAAACAAAGAUGAGGAAGAGCAAAAGUAAAAAGAAUAUUGAUGUAGAACAGUGGAAGAAAACACUUGAAUCACAUUACACCAGUCCUCAGCCACUUCAAUUGCUGGACAAUAAUUUAAUAGUAGUAGUUCCCAACACAGUUGACAGGUUAGCAGCUGAUGUUGAGAUGACAGAUCCUCAACCGGACAAUGACAAUAAAGAUUCAGUCAAUCAACCAAUCAUCAUUGAGGAAGUUGAGCAACCAGUCAUAGAGGCAGUCGACAAUGCUAUAUUUGAUCCCACAAAAGCAAAGCUUCCUAGCUCAUGGAGAUGGUGUUCUGGCUGUGAAAGUUAUCAAGAGGAUGAUCCUAUUGCUAACAAGAUAACUGCUGUUAGAUUUGGUGUAAUUAACAACACCAAAGUUAUCCUCAAAAUGAUAACAAUUGCUGGUGAAGAAGUGUCUUACACCGUAAAGGGAGCGCUUAUCAAACCACCCGAGUUCCUGCCGAAAUCCAUCGGAAAAGUAGAAGAACUCACAGAUCUCUUGUCUCGUUUCGACUCAGCCAAUAUUUGUGGUGGUUUCAAAUUUGAUUUUGAGAAAGCACUUUCACCCUCCCUGAAGAAAGCCACAGUCAAGGAGUAUGGUGAACGGCGAUCAAAGUUGUGCAUUCGGAUUCUUCAAAAAGGUUCAACCUGCUACAGAUGCCAGCACCUGAAUAAUUUAGCGGCUGGUGAGUCGCUGAAACCAAAUAAAAUGGAUGGACUUUUAGAACGAAGCCAGACAUUAACCAACGAAAAUCGCCUGUUGAAACGAAAGUUGGAUCGUAAGGAAAGACUGAUCAAGAACAAGAAAUCAAAGAUUCAAGGAAACUUACUGCAAAUUGCCAAAUCUCUUCAAGAGCAAGGAUCAACCGUUAUAGAGUUACGGUUGAUAAAAAGUGUAAGACGAAAGACUGAAGAUCAAGACCCACAGGUGAGCUACCCGUGGAUUGCUGGCGAUCUCGCCUGCCAACACUAUUCCAUAAAGUUUGCAAAGAAUUUUACCCGUCCAAAAUGGGCUUUGACUUCUUUCCCCGGAAGUGGAGUUACAUGGACACGACAGCUAAUCGAAGGUGUAACAGGGAUAUACACUGGAACUGUCUACGGACCCGAUGAGCCCGGUAUCAUCGAUGGAAAACAUUAUGGGAACCAGGCAGAUUUCAAUUGCGGAUGCACCAUUCUCAUUAAGGAUCAUGGAUAUCCAGAGACUUAUCCCUUUUUGGGGAGUUCUAGUGUGUACGAAAACCGAGGAAUUCUUCUUCUUCGAAAUCCUAUAGAAGCCCUUUUUACCUCUGCUCAUUACCUCUGGAGUGACAACAAACAAAAAGAAUUCGCAAAUGCGCAAAAAUUGCAGCAGGAUCAUCCGUGUGUUCUCCAACUGAUACAAGAUAUUUAUGUACGUCAGCCAUCUCCUAGAAACAUCCCCUAUAAACUUGUUGAACCUGAGUUAGUUGAUCCCUCCGAUGGACAAUCCAAGGGAAUCCUGCGACUUUUGCGCAAUCAUACGAAUGGCUUUUUUGUCGAGUGUGGUGCUUUUGACGGUGAAUACCUUUCCAAUACGUUAUACAUGGAGCGAUCGCUUAAUUGGACUGGCCUAUUGAUUGAAGCCGAUCAAAAUGCUUUUCAUAAACUUUCAUCCCGUAACCGGAAAGCUUAUACAACACCAGUUUGUCUGAGUACGAAACCAUAUCCUAUUCAAGUAUUGUAUAAUACAUCUGAUUCACUUUAUAGUGCUAUCGUCGAGAAAGAUGGUGAUAAUAAACCUGAACACGAGAGUAGCAGUCAAAAUGAAGAUACUUUAACAGUUAAUACCACAGCAAAUAUUCACAAAAAACAAUGUUUCCCUCUCUACUCCCUACUGCUCGCCAUUGGCAGAACUGAAAUUGAUUAUUUCAGUUUAGAUGUCGAAGGUUUCGAGUACAAAAUAUUACAGACUAUCCCUUGGCUCAAAGUCGGCAUUAAGACGUUAACUGUGGAGUGGAAUCACGCACCUGAAGGUGAAGCUGCCAUAACUCGUUUGAUGGAAAGCAACAAAUUCGUCAAGUUCGGUCAUAUUGAAAUGUCAUUUUCACGCGAUGUUGUUUACGUGCAAGAUUUUCUUAACGACCUUAGACUCUAUUAAUAAAUAGACAUGAAAACCUG